AUGGAAUGGCGGGGAGACUUAGAUCGCAACGGUGGCUUAGCAAUUCUUAUGUUUGAUACUCAGGCUGUUCUUGAUGGCGUAUUAGGGAGAUCCAAGCGAGGGCCAGAAAAGGAAGCCGGGAAACGUGACUACGUUAACAUCACUUUUGGAUGGCGAGGGAUUAGAGUUGUGAUGCGACUAAAAGAUUGCAACUUGAAGUCACAAGACGUAAUAGGCAACGUCGACAGGCUCUGGUGCUUUGACAAGGUUGAUAUUUCAUAUUAUCAAAUGAAUUAUCUAUCAGACGCUGAGAUAGCACUGCAAGCUAGUGUUCUUUUGCAGUACCUUCAUCUUGCACAAAUUGGUGUAUCCACGAUCCUCGUAAAAGGUGCUCUCGAGAUGCAACCAUACAAUCUCGUGGAGCGUACUAUCGAGCUAAAAGCGAUCAUAUGA